CUCCAGGCUGUGUUUGAAGUAUGUUUUGACACUGUUUGUUGAGGAUUCUCUCGUGCUCAGUGCUGCUUCUUGCACUACUAUAAAUGCUUUGUUAAACUCUUUUUUAUCGUCGAGUCUUCAUGAAAAACGUAGAGCUGUGGGACGUAUUUGUCAAUUGCUUGUUAGUGCUUCAGAGGAUUAACAUUAGCUAAAGGUGGCAAAGCAAGCUAAUAAUAACACUGUCCGUCACAAGUUGAACUCAAAGCUGCUCAGUUGUGGACAGAUCUUUACAGAUCUUUAGAGAAAUGCAACUCAAGGACGUAUUCGUGUCUGCUCCAGGGAAGGCGAUCCUCCACGGAGAGCAUGCGGUUGUGCACGGAAAGGUGGCUCUUGCUGUGAGUUUGAACCUGAGAACAUAUUUACAUUUAAAAGGCACCACUACUGGCAAUGUUUGCAUCAACCUCCCAAAUAUUGACACAUUCUUCUGCUGGGACCUGGCUGAACUGAAAAAGCUUAUUGCUUAUUGCUGUGGUAAGAGGGAAGAGGUGAAACGCCUGGAUGGGGAACUUAUAACAAGACUGCGUGAAUUUAUUGAUGUCACGAAUGGAAACUUGGACACUUGCAACAUGGCCAUCCUAGCCUUCCUCUACAUCUACCUCUCAGUGUUUGGAUCAGGUGAGCUGCCCAGCUUGAAGGUGUCUGUGUGGUCGGAGCUGCCGACUGGAACAGGACUGGGAUCAAGUGCUGCCUACUCUGUGUGUUUAGCUGCAGCUCUGCUCUGUGCAAGUGGAGCCAUCCCCACUCCUCUCAAAGACGGGGAUAACACUGCCAGGUGGUGUCAGGAGGACUUGGAGCUGAUCAACAGCUGGGCUUUCCAAGGGGAGAUGAUCAUCCAUGGUAAUCCUUCAGGUGUAGACAACGCUGUAGGAACAUGGGGUGGCAUGCUGAGAUUCUUGGCCGGGAAGAUAAUACCACUGAGCAGGGUGCCGUUAUUAAGAAUCCUCCUCACUAACACUAGAGUACCACGUAGCACCAAGGUACUUGUUGCCGGGGUGAAGGACAAGAUUAACAAGUUUCCCUCUAUCAUGACCCCGGUGCUCGACUCUGUUGAUGCCGUUGCCUGUACUUGCGAGAAAGUCCUCUCAGAGAUGACCUGUGAGCCCAUCACUGGAGAGCACUACAAUAUUUUAGAGGAGCUCAUUGACAUUAACCAGCACCAUCUGAAUGUGAUGGGUGUGGGACACCCUUCCCUGGACAUCUUGUGCCGGGUCACAUUGACCAGAGGGCUCCAUAGCAAGCUAACCGGCGCCGGGGGAGGAGGCUGUGGCAUCACUCUUCUGAGACCAGAAACAGACUCUUCUGUUGUCCAGGCUACCGUGCAGGACUUGAAGGACUGUGGCUUUGACUGCUGGGAAACAAGUAUUGGCGGGCCGGGUGUCCAGCAGCACUCUCCUCUCUCUGUUAAGGAGGAAAUUCUGGAGAUUUUAAACCGUUACUGAGACUGUGGCUGAACAAGAGGAAAGUUUUUUUUAGGUUUACCUCAAGAGCUCAACCAAUGAAGUGAGCCGUGUGGAACAAGGGACAUUUCGCACUGAGUGGUGCUGGACAGAGCUUCCUGUGUUUUCCUGACUGAAAAACAACCCAAUCCUGUUGAAACUAACAACAAUGCACCUGUGUCUCUAACACAUUACUGAUAUGUAUUUAGGCCUGUGGGGAAGUGACUUAAGGGUGCAAUUAUAUGUACUUUGUCCACUAGAUGGCACCAGAGUUGCACAAAUGCUUUUUAUUGAACAGGAUUUAUGGGAAGAGGCUGUGAUAAAUUAAUUAAUGUGUAAGUGAAGCACAGGCAGAAUUAAUUUAUACUUGCAUCCAAAUGUUUAAAGCAGAGCCAACAUAUCUUAAUGGAUUAGAUAACCGUCAGUCAUUAAUGCUCACUGUUGGCAUUGUAUCGUGCUGGUCGAUAACUGCUUGAAUAAAAGUGGCAAUUUUACGGAAAAUGAUGGCAGUAUAAAAGUUUGAAUUAAAUU